AUGGGACAAUCUACUUCUGCAGAGAGAAGAGAGAUCCCACCAGAGCUCCAGUUACUGAGGACACAGUACAAUACCUGUUGAAAAGUUCUAUCUACUCUACUUCUGUCUUUCUAUAUCAUCUGACCUACUCCAACAUGCAGGACCGUCAACACUACUUCAUGAUAGCCUUCACAUGGUUCCUGGUGUUUCUGGUGCUCGGUCCGCAGUCGUCUGCCAGCCCUGUUCCGUCUGUGGAUGUCCCACCCAGCUCUGGUCAUCUCCAGCCAGAAGGUCAGAGGGCACUGAAGCGGAUGGCUCGUAUGACCCCGUUGUGGAGGACCAUGGGUACUAAACCCUACGGGGCGUACUGUCUAAACAACUACGAGUGCUCCACUGGAAUCUGCAGGGGGGGCCACUGCAUGUUCAGCCAACCCAUAAAGUCCUAGAAGAGAAGACGGAGUAACGCUCCCAACAUGUUUCCCAAUCUGUUCUCCAUGGACCCUCCCUCUCCUCUACAUAGCCAAACAUGCAGACAUUAUGUGGCGUGACAUCUAUCUAUGCAAAACAAUCUGUGUAUUCAUAAGGUAUAGCUGAAGUAUGAGAAGGGUUAACAUAUCUUAAAGGAAGGGUUGAGGUAUACCUAAAAUAUAAAUAUUCCUUAAGAUUUCGCUUAGGCAAAGGGGAUUGUUAUAUUUCACUCUAUCUUUCUGACUUUACCAAAGUAAGCGGAUGAGAUGCUGAUAAGGGCAAGCGUUAGCCUAAUAUGACAGGGUUAAAGCAUCUUUCACAAACCCCUUAUUAAGAUGUUCCUAAGAAUAUAUCGUCCUUUAGGAUUUUCCUUAGGCAAAAGGGAGGGUUACACUCUUAGGAAAAAUAAUUCCAAAAGGGUUCUUCGGGUGUCCCCGUAGGAGAACCCUUUCUGGUUCCAGGGAGAACCCUUUCUGGUUCCAGGUAGAAAGGGUUCUCCUAUGAGAACAGCCAAAGAACACUUUUGUGUUCUAGAUAACACUUUUUUGUUCUAAGAGUGAAGAUGUGAUAUUAAAUGCUAGCUUUUGGACCGUACCAAGGGGAACAGCAUGUCAAUGUGACAGACACAUGGAUUUUUGGUUAUAAGGUUGUUCAAUAUUUCUACUAAUAUUUCAUACAGGGUGCUGGCCAGAGACAAACAGCAGCUAGGCGCCGAAACAUAGCCUUUCAAAGUGCUUCACCAAAUGUUAACAGUCAACACACUCACAUUCAACGUAAUGGUGACUAUAUUCGCUUUGCCAUCGAGGAAUUUAUCCUCCAACUAUAUCUGCCAUGCAGUAUCAGUUCAAUCGGAUUAGAUGACGUGGCCUUUAAAAAAAAUCCGAAUCAGAUACAUUUUCAUUGUACACGCAUCCUACUUUGAUCAUACUUGAUAGUGACGUGGUGAGAUAGGCAAUGUCAUAACGUCAGACUUUGGAACUUUGUGUUCUGGGUAAAAUAUUUUUUUUUUUUAAAGAGAGUGAAAAAGGGAAAGGGAGAGAGAGAAACCGAAGUGUCAUUGAACCAGAGAUAGAGGGGGAGAGAGGGAGGGACCGAGAUAGAUAGAUAGAGAGUGAGAGUGAGAACAGACAUGGAGCAAUGGUUAUGUGUAAUGAUUGACCUCACCUUUGACCUCUAGGCCAGAUGUUUUAUGCAUAUAGAGAUGUACUAGAGAGCUCAUCUCCUGUCUUUGCAAUGGCCUUUGGUCCAAGUGCUCUCUAUCCAACUUCAUGUUUAUGCAUGCUCACUUUUUUCUACUUUUUAUAUAUAGAAACAUAUUUAAAUCGUUUUCAUAUAUGUAUUUACUGUAUGUAUGUAAUUAAACAAAUAUUUAUAUAGUAGUCAGUAUUUUGUGAGAUUACAACUAGUCUCAAGGUUGGGAAUUAUGUUAAGUCUGUGGUCUGAUGAACAGCAUCAAAAUGCUAUAUUUUUUAUUAAGAUUUCUUAUUUAUACCAUUUGUUAUCAUUCGUACUCAUUUGAACAAAUGUCAUUAAAGUAUCUUAUUCGUUGUAUUAUACGUACUUAAACUACAUGGUUGCCAUAGAUACCAACGUAUAUCAAUCUCCUCUGGUCACAAAACAAUGUGCAAUACAAAAUAAAGAGUGUUCUUAAAUUA